AAAGCUGUUGUGAAUAGGGUAGAGAAACCUGGAGAAACUUUGUUUCCAAACAUCACAGGAAGCCCCUCCCCUUGUUUCCUUCUUUUCUCUUCUAGGUUGCGGAGGUCCAGUUUGGGAAGCAGCCAGGGCAAUCAGUGGAUAGGAAGACCCACCCUAUGUGUGGAUGGAGUCUCGGGGUGUAGACACUCAGAAUCUUGUCUGCCUUCCAUAGGGUACUGCCUGAUCCAACUCUGCUCCUCUCUGCCUUCCUCCAUUUGGGGUAAUAGUGAGCCAACCUUCUUGUGGAGGAAGGCAAUGGGUCCCUGUUGGUCUUGGACCAGCAGCUUUCCACUCAUCUAGGGACAUCACCUAAUCUCCCAGGCAACCACUGGCUGCACCAGCUUCGAUUUCUGGUCUUUCUGGGCCCAGAAGACCCUGCCCCAGCCUGGGCCCAGCACUGCAGCCAUGAUGGAAGAAGACAUAGGAGACAUAGGACAAUGGCAGCAUGUGUUCCAGGAGUUGAUGCAAGAGGUGAAACCUUGGCACAAAUGGACCCUCACACCAGACAAGGACCUUCUUCCCGAUGUUCUGAAGCCAGGAUGGAAGCAAUACCAGCAAAAGACCUUUGCUAGGUUCCACUGUUCUUCCUGCUCUCGAAGUUGGGCGUCUGGCCGAGUCUUGAUAGUCUUCCACAUGCGGUGGUGUGAGAAGAAGGCCAAGGGGCGGGUGAAGAUGAGGGUGUUUGCUCAGAGAUGUAAUCAGUGCCCUGAGCCUCCAUUUGCAACUCCAGAGUUCACUUGGGACAACAUCUCAAGGAUCUUGAACAACCUGCUCUUCCGAAUUCUGAAGAAGUGCUAUAAAGAAGGGUUUAAGCAAAUGGGUGAGAUUCCUUUGCUUGGGGACACCAGUCUCGAAGGGCCACAUGACAGCGGCAACUGUGAGGCCUGUCUCCUGGGCUUUUGUGUUCAGAAUGACUUAGGCCAAGCCCCCAAAACACCAGCACCCCCAUUAUCUCCGACCUCCUUGAAGUCAACCAGGGAUCCCAAGGUCACUGCCACCUUAUCUCCGACCUCCUCGAAGUCAACCAGGGAUCCCAAGGUCACUGCCACCUGUAGCAACAUUUCCUCCUCACAGCCCUCCUCUAAAGUGGAGANGCCCCAAGCAUCAAAAGUGAACCCCCAAACCAGUAACCCUACCAAAAAUGACCCCAAGGUUAGCUGCACCUCAAAACUAUCAACUACUCCAAGACUGACAAUCCAACAGCUGUCAGUAGUAAGCUCACCUGCCCCUAGAUGUGUCAUUCAAAUGCCUUCUCCCACUCCCAGUGACAGCAGCGGAGCAGCAGAUGUAGCAAAGAAGAACACCAAAUCCAAGACCCCAAAGGCAUUGCUCUCAUCCUCUUUAUAUGUCCUACCCACUUCCUCCUAUGUCCCACCCACUUCCUCCUAUAUCCCACCCACUUCCUCUUAUGUCCCACCCACUUCCUCUUGUGUCCCACCCACUUCCUCCUCAGUUAUUGUGCCCAUUUCCUCCUCAUGGAGACCACCAGAAAACACUACUUGCCAAGUAGAGAGAAGCAGCCAUAUCCACCCGCAAAGCCAGUCUUCCUGCUGCAAAGCUUGCUGCGAGGCCUGCUGCGGGGGCUGCUGUGGGAUCUUCAUGUGGUGCUGCGAGUGCUGGUGUAAGAUCUUUAUGGGCUGCCGCGAGAUCUUCGGGGGCUGCUGUGAGGCCAGCUGUAAUAGCAUGUCACAGAGCCCACUGGGUUGCUUGGCCUUUCUAAUCUUGUUCUUAUUGUUGUGGUAUUUAUUAUAAAAUACAAUAUAUGAGCCUUGAAAAGAAAAGAAAAAAACUCUGAAUGGGAAAACAAAAAGAAUUACAACAUCCCCCAAAGUCACACUUUGCGUAAUCCCCUUUAUGAGAAAGGUCAAUAAAAUCAGUAGAGUCCAGAGGUGGCUACCAGGACUGGAGCAAAGGGAAAAUAUAAAGCCACGGUUUAAGCAAUGUGACCUUUGUGGAGAAGAGCGAUGAAGAUAUUUGGGGAUUUGGUGGAAAUGGUAGCAGCCUCUCGUUCAAAGCCGCGGAGUUUUCCCCUCUUCAGAUGGAUAGUCUCAGGCUGGAGAGAUGGUGGCUCAGAGGUUAAGAGCACCAGGUGCUGCUCCAGAAAUCCUGAGU